AAGUUCUACUUCUGAGACGUCAAACCGAAUACGAUACAGACGGUAGCAAUCAGUAUCAUUGUUUUCGGCUGAUAAGAGAAGAAAAAGCAAUUACCCAAGAACCGGUGAUUAAUCGCUGCUUCAAAUUCGCUACAAAACACAGAGGAGCGAAAUCCACCAAACUGUUCGGCCAGUGCAUUGAGAAGCUACGCCUCACCAUGGGUCAGCAAGUGUCCGCCUUGCCGCAGAAAAUCAUUCCAGCCGACACCGUGGAUUCGCUACAGUUCGAGAUCAAGAAACAGGCGCAGAUAUUUUCCGAAAUUGGCACCCUCAGCUACGAGGACUUCCAGAAGUGUCUCACCGAUCUGAACAGUUUGUCACGCAAAUGUCUGGACCCGAACGGGAAGCAGCUGGUGUUUGCGGUGAAAAAAGGCACCGACAGGAGCGUACUGUGGAAGGGUACGGUGCGGAUCGCUUGCGUUAAAGUCGAUCCCACCAGCAAACAGGUGGAGUGCUACAAGCUGCUCAAUCUGCGACAGUUCCUCCAAGUGUUCCGUACCUUUCAAACCGAUCUGCACGCGAUGGUCACUGUCGAGACGCAGCGCAUUCGGAGUCCCACCAGCAGUCCAACCCACUCGUCCAGCUCCACAACUGGUUCCUUCGAGCGGAACGACAGCAGUCCACAAACGCCAAAUCCGUUUGUUUUACCGCAACAUCCGACCGCGUCGAUUCUGUUGGAGCAAGUGAAUGCAAUUGCCAGCAACGGUUCCACCGUAUCAAGCAACGAGGAUCUGGAGGGCGGCGGCGGUGCCAUGGGAGGAGGCGCUCCCCUCGAAUGCAGCGAGUGCUGCAUUUGCAUGGAACGGAAGCCGGAGGUUUCGUUGCCCUGCGCACAUAGCUACUGUGCGCCUUGCAUCGAGCAGUGGAAUAUUCACCAGAAGAAGUGUCCCAUUUGUGACGAGGAGCUGACCAGCACCGAUGAUACGUGGGUCCUCUCGGAGAUGCCCGAGGCGGACGAAAUUAGCGAGGAGAUUUGCGCGACCCUGAUGAAGUUGUCUGUUGACGAUGUUAAGAAAUGAAUCGAAUAGGUUAGGAAGUUCUAUUGUGAUCUGUGUUUUUUAGAUGUUUAUCUUUGGACAAAUGGAAUGUGUUGCAAUCUACUCUCAGUGGGUACUUUGCUGGAGGCAGAUAAUGGUAAAAAGUGCCAGAUGUUAAGCGUUACUGUUUCAUGAAACUAAGGCAUUGGUUUCGAAAAUGAUUUUUUAUGCUUGGGGAGUUUAGGUCAUCAGCUAGACCAUACUUUGCGCAACCUUUGCUGUCAGCAGUUUAUCCUUAUUACUUGGAACCAAUACUCCACUGUACCGUUAAGAUAUUCAAGAAAAGUCCUGAAAUACGUGAAAAUAUAUUACCUCUCAUGAAACAUUCUGGGAAUGGUUUCCCUGAAAAAAAAUGUUCCUUUCAAAUAUAUUAUCACAUUCUUGAAUGCCUGUUUUUGCUUUCCUCGGCAGCUUGAAUGCUCCAACAUGCGGCCUGGCGGGCUUCUUUGGUUGGCCCAUCUAAUACUACAUUAUUCAAACAGUUUUGUAUGAGUAACAAAAAUGAAAACCAUAAGAAAUCGUUGGGCCCUAUUAUAGAAAUCGAGUCGAUGAGAAUUUUGCUCGUUUGUUCUAUUUUACCUAUUUUACUAUUAUACAUCGCAUUAAGCCGGGUUCAGACGGUGCGAGCAAGCAUACGAGUCGGUCUAGUCAGUUACUGCAGUGCAGCUACUCACACCGUGUGAACACAUCAUGCCAGUUAUUGUCAUGUGUGAUCCGGCGUGCGAGCUACUUCAAAGUUUUUUGAAUUUACUCGCACUCGCAU